UACGACACACUCCUGCAUCCUCUGAUCAACAUGGGUGUCGUAUACAGCGUAGGAGAAGUCGAUCAUUUGUACACGUUCUUCGUUGAGUGGUCUCCAGAGAGCAUCUACAGUAAACACAGCAGAAAGACGAGCUUAGUGAAGGUCCACAGGGAUACACUGACUGUGAUUGACAGUUUACUCAAGAAUCCCGCCUCCAAGAACUGGCAGAUCAUCACUGUGAACCCGCACAAGCGUCGUCUGAGUCUCUGUAGCUCCACAGACCCUUUAUCUGACGAUCUGCUGCCAGUUUUAACAGUCCAAAGUCAAAUUCUGCAGGAGCAUCAUCUUGAACGACUGAUGAAUCACAUUCCGGCGCGGACUCAAGAGUAUCCGUGGAAAUUGCUGUAUAGCACGGCGGAGCACGGCAUCAGUUUGAACACGCUGUACAGACACAUGGCAGACGUAGACAGACCUGUUCUUCUGGUCAUCAAGGAUACGAACAACCAGGUUUUUGGAGCGUUCUCUUCCGACCCCUUCAAAGUGAGCAGCUACUGUUACGGCACCGGAGAAACGUUCCUGUACAGCUUCUGUCCGGAGUUUCAGAUAUUCCGCUGGAGUGGAGAAAAUUCCUACUUUGUCCGAGGAUUCCUCGACUCGCUCCAGAUGGGAGGCGGAGGUGGACACUUUGGCCUGUGGUUGGAUGCUGACCUGUAUCACGGCUCGAGUUAUUCAUGCAACACUUUCUACAACCAGCCGCUCUCACUCCAUCAUGACUUCACCAUUCAGGAUCUGGAGGUGUGGUCCUUCAUGUGAAGAGAAAUCAAGACUCUUCCCUGCAUGGCCAAAGGUGUUGGCAAACACAGCUUCAUUGCAACGAAGAUUUCCAGCUCUGAAACUGCCGUAACUUGACUCCUAACUGAAACGGUUACAGGUGGAUCAGUAAAACAGGUUGGGGCAGGAUUACCGUUUGGAGUUGCUAUUUUCAGUAACUGCACAAGUCAAUGUCCCCUGAGUGAAAUCUGACAACACUGACAAUGCUGAAAAGCAUAACUCAAGAUCUGUAAUGGUGGUUUGAAGUGUCUAGAGUGGCACAUAAAUUCACUCCUGGACAUGGACUAUUUAACCUGGAAAAGUCACUUUGUGCAUUGUCAGAUACUCCGUGUCUUCACUUUAAAAUGCACUUAAUAGAGGGCCGAUGUUUACAUGUCAUACUACUAAUUGAUUUGUGUCCAGCAAUCAGAGCAUUGACGAGAAAGAACGUGAUAAUGACGGAUGGAUGGGUGCGAUUUUGCUACAAAUGACUGUAUUUUUGUACUGUAUUUAAAUAAGUUGUUCGAACUAUGUAAAGUAGUCAAAACUAUUGUAUGCAUCUGUGUUUCUCAUGCAGUGCUGGCAUUGCAUUUGUAAACCUUGAUAUGUCUAAUAAAAAGCAUUGC